AUCAAACUCAUAAAAAGGCCAAAACAGCUCCAGAGCCCAAUCUUCAAACACAGUCUCCCUUCUCCAAACUGUUCUACAUUCUUCUUCGCUUGCCUUCAACCAAAAAUGGGAGUAGCCAAUAACAUAACAGCAGUCCUCAACUUCAUAGCCCUCCUCUGCUCCAUCCCAAUCAUUGCAGCUGGCAUCUGGCUAGCCUCCAAGGCGGACAACAACUGCAUCCAGCUCGUCCGAUGGCCCGUUGUUCUCCUUGGCUUCCUCAUCCUCCUUGUCUCCCUUGCUGGCUUUGUCGGUGCCUACUGGUACAAGGAAACCCUUCUGGCCUUCUAUCUUUGCUGCAUGGCCAUUCUCAUUGGUCUCCUCCUCAUCUUGCUGGUCUUUGCUUUCAUAGUUACAAGGCCUGAUGGGAGCUACGAUGUGCCUGGAAGGAGUUACAAGGAGUAUAGGCUCGAUGGGUACUCGAGCUGGCUUAGAAACCAUGUAGUUGACUCCAAGAGCUGGAACAAGAUCAGGGCUUGUCUGGCUGACACCGAUGUUUGUCCUAAGUUGACUCAACAAUAUAUCACCGCUGAUCAGUUCUUUGCCGCUCAUAUCACUCCUCUUCAGUCAGGAUGUUGUAAGCCUCCCACAAUCUGUGGCUACACUUAUGUUAACCCAACAUUGUGGUCUAAUGCGGCGAACCCGACUGGGGACCCUGACUGCUAUCUAUGGAGCAAUGACCAGAGCCAACUCUGCUAUAACUGCAACUCAUGCAAGGCUGGUCUGCUUGGGAAUCUGAGGAGAGAAUGGAGGAAAGCCAACAUAAUACUCAUUGUGGCAGUGGUGGUAUUGAUAUGGGUCUAUAUCAUUGCCUGCAGUGCCUUCAGGAAUGCCCAAACGGAGGACCUCUUCAGCCGCUACAAACGGGGUUGGACUUAAAAAGCCCAAAAACAAAAAGGAUAAUCGUCAUUGGAAACCUCACUCUCUGAUUUUCAUCUGUAUUUAUUUAGCUUUUGCUUUUUUCUUGUUUGAUCUUUUCGUUGAACUACGUUGUCAGUAGUGUCGUGUAUAAAUCCCAAUGUUCUGUUUUUAUCUAGAAUGUAUGGAGAGGCGGUGAGGAGGGCAAAGCAAAAAGAGAAUUUCUAGUAUUUGUCAUACUGUCUAAUGAGAAAAGAGAAUAGAAUCUCAAUUAUCA